AUGUCGAAGGCUUUUACAGGGAUAGUAGCCGCUGUGGGCUGUGUGGCCAUUGCGUCGCUUGUCCUUAACAUCCUCAUAUGGAUCAAAGUUAAGGAUGACUACUCUGACACGAAGACCAAUUCCGAACCGAAUUUAAAAUUCGAACGAAUUUCUAUAAAAGCUGAUCCAAUCCCCACAGCAGUAAGGCAUACAGCGCAGAAAACCAGACCAGCAAAAAUAAGGCUCAGAACGAUUAACAGUACGUCAAAGGGUAUUCCGUUUGGUUCAAACCCAGAGCCUAUGUAUGUUAAUGACUCACAUUUUUGCCCAAGUUAUGGAGAACCGGACAAUAAGCCUGAAUAUAAGGUAGCUGCUUCAUACAUUCUCGGUGGACUCGAUCAACAUGUUGAUCCUUGCGAUGACUUUUAUACCUUUGCAUGCAACACUUAUAUAAAAAACCACAACGCAUCUGAGAUGAAAGUUGAACGAAUAGGAACUUACGAUGAAGCACAGGAUGCUGUGAAUUUGAACAUCACGGAUGCGCUUCUACCUGUAAAGUUCGAUGAUAGUUCCUGGUCAGAGACCGAACGAAUUGUAAAGGCGACCCUGCUUGCGUGUGUUCAUCAUAGCCGAGCCAGAAAGCCCAUAGACAACGUCAAAGAUGUGCUCUUAGAAAUGAAAGAAUUGUUUGGAGGAAUUCCCUUUCUCAACCACACCCUCAAGCCGGACCUAGAUUUAUUCAACGUGAUGGGACAGCUCGAGCAGAACCAUGCAAUGGGAACGCUAAUGGCAUCGAUGGUUUCCGUUGAUUAUAAACAUGUCGAACGAAAUGCGCUGUUCAUUGCGCAGCCAAGUCUGCCGAUGGCUCGUGAUUACUACGUCUUGCCGCAGCACACUAACGUGCUCGAAGACCGUGCCAAGAAUGUCCAUUUGAUGCUAAAAUCAUUUGCAGAGGGAGUUCUAGAUGAUGCAUCACCUUACUACGAUAUGAUAAAAGCGGCUGCCAGAGAUGUCGUCAAAUUAGAAGUGCAGAUUGCUACGGCGUCCUGGCCCGACAGUGCAAUGAGGAAUUAUGCCCAACAAUACAAUCCAUACACUGUGGAAGCGCUUAAGAAGAGGUAUCCAUCGAUUGUUUGGGACAGCUACUUGAAAGCUUUGUUAUCGUCUGUGACCGGGUACGAUAUACGUAGCACAAACAUCGUAAUCGCCCAGCCUUCGUACAUUUCUUGGCUCAACGCUUUAAUUCAAGGAGGGACAAGUAACGAAACUGUUGUCAACUAUCUUCUAACUAAUCUUAUUUUUGAGGAUGCCGACUUCCUUGGUGGGAUUUUCAAGACUCGCAUGAAAGAAUCUCAAUAUGUUAAGUAUGCCGUGAGAAGCGGCAGAGGGAUUACUAGAAUUGGAGCACAACCAUUCCCUCGUGGUAGUGCUGUCGAUCCCAACAUUGAGUGUCUGAACACGAUGAUGACUUAUAUGCCAUUUGGACCAGGUUACGUCUACGUAAAAUCAAAGGAGAAGAGAACUGAAGUGGUUAAGGACGUUGAACAUCAGACUGAUCUUGUCUUCAGAAGCUUCCUUAAAAUGAUCGAAAGCCUGUCAUGGAUGUCGCAGACAUCUAUGGAUUUAGCAAGAAAGAAAGCUGCUGCAAUGAUAAAAAACUAUGGUUGGCCCAAAGAUUUAUUCGGAGAUUUUAAAAACAGCGCCAAAAUCGACCAGUAUCACAAGCAGGAUUAUGGUGAGAUAAUAAACCUGUAUCUCGCAAACAGUACUCAUAACUACUAUUUGAUACGGAAGACUAUGCUGAAAGGAUAUUCAAAUCGCGAAUCGCUGAAGUUAAUUAAAGAGCCGGGUGAUAGAAAUGUUUUUCUAAUGUCACCCGCACUGGUAAAUGCAUGGUAUCAGCCGGAAAGGAACUCGAUCACCUUCCCCUAUGCUCAUUUCCAACCUCCAUACUACAGUUACGGAUUCCCUCAAGCGUUCAACUAUGGUGGACAAGCAGGAAGUGGUGGUCACGAAUUAGUGCACGGUUUCGAUGACAAAGGCUUGCAAUUUGGACCAGAUGGUAGUCUUAGCAAUUGUAGUUGGAUCGAAUGUGGUUGGAUGGAUGCCAAAACCAAAGGCAGCUUUAGGAAUAUGGCACAAUGUGUUGUCACACAGUACAGUACACAAUGCUGCCCACAGAACACCGGGAAUGUUAGAUGUGCUAAUGGUAUGAGCACCCAAGGAGAAAAUAUUGCAGAUAUUGGAGGUGAACUAGCAGCAUAUUUUGCUUAUCGGGAGUACGUCAAGGAGCUCAAAAGCGAGGAAAAGAGAUUACCUGGCCUUGAACAAUUUACACCAAACCAACUGUUCUGGAUGGGAUAUGGUUACUCAUGGUGCAUGAGCAUCACACCGAGCAGGCUUACUAAACAACUACUGACUGAUGUUCACUCUCCGAGCAUAUGUCGUGUCAAUAAUGUCCUCCAAAAUAUUCCGGAAUUCGCGAAAGAUUUUGGCUGUUCCAUCGGUCAGAACAUGUAUCCACCAGCGGAGCAACGAUGUGCCGUUUGGAUUGAGGAAUAAACGAAAUCACCAGAUCUCAUGUUUUUUUUUUGCAGAUGUAUUUAUGCGCAGUAGUAGUCGAUUUAUGUUGAAGUAGCUAAAUAUUUCUUUUACUAAAACCUCUCGUCGUUUCUUCCAAGCUCUUUUUCUCAAAAAAAAGGCCAACCACAUUCAAUUCUAGUCGUCAACCAACGUGUUUUGUCGGAC